GAAGAGGAGGAGGAAGAGGAGGAGGCAGGGCGGCCAUCAUCCAGCCUGCAGCCGAACAUGCAGCCACCUGCUGCGGCUCCGUGGAUCCCAGAGAGAAGAUUCCUGGAUUUCCAUCAUUUCCUGCUUCUGGAGAACCUUCUUCCUGCAGACCUUGGAUCAGCUGAAGGAGCAGCAAGUGGAACCUCCUCCUCCUCCUCCUCCUGCUGAGGGGCUCCCCCCCCCAGCAGCCUCCCCAUGAAGCGGCCCUGUGAGGACAGCAGCUCUGCGGGGAGUUUGGGUUUGGAAAGGUUUCAUCCGGGACACUCCGAGGCGUCGCCCAUCAGAUGUGGAUCUCCAACGACGAGCCCUCAGGCGACGGCGAGGAGGAGACGCAGAGGGAUUAUCGAGAAGAGGCGGCGAGAUCGGAUCAACAGCAGCCUGAUGGAGCUCCGCCUCCUCCUCCCUACAGCCUGGGAGAAGCAGGGUUCUGCUAAACUGGAGAAGGCGGAGCUCCUCCAGAUGACCGUGGACCAUCUGAAGAUGCUGCAGGCGGCGGGAGGGAAAGGUCCCCUGGACGCCCGCGCUCUGGCCAUGGACUUCCUGUCUGUGGGUUUCAGGGAGUGCGUGGCGGAGGUUUCCUGCUACCUGAGCACCGCGGAGGCCCUGGACUCCUCUGACCCGCUGCGCUGCCGCCUCCUCUCCCACCUCAGCUCCUGCGCCUCCCACCGCCUGCAGCCUCAGAGGCUCCUCCCCCCACACUGGGCGGUGGCGGCGCCGCCGUACAGACUGAGCGCGCUGCCAGAUGGUGGCGCCCCCCAGAGGCUGGUGGAGCAGCACCUCCUGACCUCCUCCCUGCUGCUCCCCUGCACCUCCACCCCGCUCUCUGCCUCCAUCUUCUCCUUCCUCCCUCCUGCUUCUGGAACUUUCAGUUCAUCCAGAACCGGUCCGGGUUCUAACAGCUUCUCCCUGUAGACGGAUCCGAACCCAGAUCCUUCAGAACCGGUCCAGCUGCUGCCUUUAAUAAUAAAGUCUGUGGAUCAACCGGAACCUGGAACGGAUCCGUCGUUUCUUUCAUUGUUUGAUUUAAAACAUUUUCAUUUCUGUGGAAAUGAGACCUGAAGUCAUCAUGAAGGCAGGAGGUUCUGGUUCUGAGCGGUUCUAGCUGCUGUGCUCCCAGAACCUCUGAGUUCUGCUCUCAGACCUUAUUGGUGAACGUUCACUAUGAAAUCCCCCCAAAACCAAGGAGAGCAAUGAAACACGGAGGUGGCAGCAUCAUGCUGAGGGCAUGAAGCCAGCUGCUGGUUCUGACCCAAACCUUCAGGGUUGGUUAGAGGAAGGAAGAUAAACUGGACUCUACAGGGAGUCCAAAUGAAGGAAGAACCGGGUCAGGUCCUAACAGGUCCGGGUCCUGAAGGGUCCAGGUCCGGUCUGCAGAUCCUCAGCAUAUAGAAUCCUCUCCUUGGACCAGAACCAAAUGUGCAGAGACCGGUUGGUUCUGUUGGACCCAGAACAGAAGCAGAAAGAGUUCAGCAAACAUUGCAGCAGUUAAGGGUGUGAAUACUUAUGCGCUGGUUCUGGUCCAACAGGACCUACCAGGUUCUGGUCCAAUAGGACCCAGCAGGUUCUGGUCUAAAAUUAAUUGAACUGUUUUUUCAGAUUUUCAUCUAAUUUAGUUUUUAUCCAUCAGUGGCGAGUUUCUAUUAGAGAAUGAAAAUAAGUAGAACCAGAACCAGAACCAGGGAUUGGUUCUGGUUCAUCCCAGCGCUGCUCUAACCCUCCAGAGGCAGAAAAAGACAGAAAAUAACA